GAGCUUGUCCAGCGUAGUAGCGUAGGUGCUGAAGAUCGAGCUAGCAAUGACACAUAUACAUAUUAUGCAUGCGAUGAUGGGAUGUAAGCCCUAUGUAUAUUCCUUCAACAUCGUACCUAUGGAAGGUGGCUGUGAGACCCGGCUGGCGGGAACAUUUAUUGGAGUCUCUAAGAUCAUACGUGAGAGAUCGUCGUCGUGCGCACCGAAAUAGAAAACUACUUCUCCGCUAGCCAAUAUUUUGUCUGGUCGUUCUCUGUAUUGGCCUGAUUGGUAAAUAUGUCUCUGAAUUGGGCAAAUGACGUGCCGAUGUUAGGGUACGCGGCGAGAUGAAAAUGCUGCGCAAAGCGUCAGCAUGUGCGAUUUUCGCUAUUGGCAACUCAUCCUUUGUACUUCUAUGGAGGAAUAUAUAUUUAGAGGCCAGCAAUCCUCAACACGGUCAAUAUCUGUCUAGACUACGAAAGCCUUCAUUGAUAUUCCACCAUGGCUUUGUUCUCAAUUGCCUGUCUUGCCUUGGUCUCUCUCGCCAGCUCGCUCGAGUUGCCAAAACUCUCCGAGAGAGCUACUGGUUGUGGUAAGACGCCAUCCUUUACACCCGGCGAUUUUAAGAACUUCACAACCUCGGAUGGUCGCGAGUACCGGGCUUGGCUGCCAGCAAGUUACGACUCCAACAAGGCGAGCCCUCUUAUUCUGAGUUACCACGGCGCCAACAGGGAUAUAUCCCACCAAAUCGCCUUGGACGAAUUAACACACCCGCGCUUCAACAAAGACCAUAUUGUAGUGUAUCUACAAGGUUUGGCGGCCGAUGGAACUACCAAGACGAAGUGGGAGGGAGCUCCGGACUGUAACUCGAACGACAUCAAAUUUACAGGCGAGGUGCUCGAUGCUAUAACCGGCAGCCUGUGCGUAGACGAGAAGCGAAUCUACGCGACAGGCAAGUCCCAGGGUGGCGGGUUCGUAGGGCGUCUCGCAUGCGAUUCCGGCCUGUCGAGCCGAAUCGCGGCUUUUGCCCCUGUUUCCGGCGCGUAUUACAUUAAAGAGAUCGACAAAAAGUCAGACUGUCAUCCGGAAACGGUGAAAGUGCCAUGCGACGCCGCUCGUACCAAUAUCCCGAUACUGGCAUUCCACGGAGGCGCCGACCACACGAUAGAAUACCACGGCGAUUUCCGAUCGAAUGCUUGUCUGCCAGACGUCAGCUCCUGGGCUCGACAGUGGGCGCUGAGGGAUGGCUUGAGCGGCACACCGGUCAAUUCGACGGUGGCCAAGUCAGAUAAUGGAGUGAAUAUGAGCUAUGGGGGAAAUGGCUUGGUCACUCUGGUGUACGAUGGUGAUAACAUCGGACACGAUUGGCCAUCUACGGUAAAGAACGACGAUAACGACGGAGUCAGACUCGCUGCGUUCAACGCCAGCGCGCGUAUUAUGGAUUUCUUCCGAGGCCAUGAGUUGUCUUGAUCAUUCGUGUUCCGUGUUUGGUUAGAUAUUAUAUUGAUAUACUUCUCUUCUUAUCUUAGAUACCUACUUUUUGGCGGCGAUGGUUGUAUUUUCUGAUCCCUUGAAACGGUCCAAGCCGACCAUUGACUCUUCGUAUGAGCUGAAGAGAUGGGUUUAGUUCGCAUAGUAGAUAAUAGUCAUAUCGCUUUGGCGAUCCAGUUCCGAGUCUGAAGUCCGUGACACAUCUCGAUAUUCACGGCUGAACAGGUUGCGAGGCAUCUCAGCCGCGGCGGAGAAGCGGUAACACUUCAACAAACGGCUGAAGCCUUAUGAAUAAUUAGGUAAGAUAUCCUGAUGCUACAGAAUGGGAAGGUAAAUGAAUGAAUCCCAGAGACACGGAGUAGAUAUAGACCAGACUGGCUUCCCCGGUCUGUCCAGACAAGGACUCGGGCUUGGGCGGGACUGUUCCUUUGGCUACACUGUGGAGGUUUCGAUUCCUAAUGAAAAAAAGUAAGUGAAAAAGGAAGCAUAUUAUUAAUUUUGCAUGCUUAAUUGCUUACGAAAUAAAA